UUUUGCGUUCUUUCUGCACUGAUGUUGUGGACUUUUUGUCGGAGGCAGACAGGCGAGGAGCCGACAUGUGAUGAGAGGAAUGGGACGUGCUGAUGGCCUCAGCACACUUUUUCGCAAGAGCUCACUGACUUUGACUUCAACAAGCCGGAGGGGAUGCUGUCCAUUGAGGACAGAGUUGUCCUCCAACCUCCUCCGAGUGACCAAUGACAUUUCAGCUGUGCCCUGGCUGUCCUGUCUGGCUCACACUUCGUGUUCAACAGUGAAGAUCCAGAAGAGGCAGCCACAUCACUGAAGUUAUCCAGAGGUGUCAGUAUCUCAAGAAGUACACCACAUAGGAAACUGAAAUUUGUGACUGUCCACACUGGGACAAUGACACACACACUCCUGUUGCAGCUCUUCAUCCUCACUGCCUCACUCAGGCUGUUAGUCAGUCUUGGCUCUGAUCUCAACGGUGUGACACAAUAUGAGGUGAUUCGACCCGUCAGACUUCACACAGUCAGAAAAAGACAUGCAGAGCACUUCAGACCAGAAACUAUUAAGUAUGGAAUGAAGGUGGGAGGGAAAGACAUUGAAAUGCAUCUAGAGAAGAAUAAUGAAUUGUUUACCAGAGACUACAGUGAGACUUACUACCUAGAAGAUGGCAGACAAACCACCAGAGCCCCUGACAUUGAUCACUGCUACUAUCACGGCACGAUUGUGAACCAUAGUGAGUCAGCGGUCAGCAUCAGCACUUGUGAUGGACUCAGGGGAUAUUUCAAAACGUCUGCCCAGAGCUACCUGAUCGAGCCUCUGUCUGGUGAGGAUGAGGGGGAUCAUGCAGUGUUUAAAUACGACGAGCACAAGAACAAGCCCAUGGUGUGCGGGGUCACCAACACAACCUGGAGCAGCGACUUUGAACCCCCAACCAGACGCAGGCGCUCCAGAUCCUCGGUUCCAUCUAUUUUCCAGCAUCAGAAAUACAUCGAGCUGUACCUUGUGGCUGAUAACCGUGAGUACCUGAAGUGCAGCUGGGAUCAGACGAAGCUGAGGAAGAGGAUCUUUGAAGUUGUCAGUUUUGUCAGCAUGGUGUACAAGCCCCUGAACACCUUCGUCAGCCUGGUGGGGCUGGACGUCUGGUCCAGCAGAGACUUGAUCUCAGUGAGCUCGUCAGCUGAUGCCUCGCUUGAUGCCUUCAUAAACUGGAGGAAGACUGAGCUGGUCAAGAGGACAAAGCACGACAUCGCAUAUCUCAUCAGUGCUACUGACUUUGGAGAAAAAACAGUAGGAGUGUCUUUCAUUGGGACUGCAUGCUCAAGUCGCUCUGCUGGGGUGGUGCGGGAUCAUGACACAGCCACGGCAUUAGGAGCCACUCUGGCCCAUGAGAUGGGCCACAGCCUGGGAAUGCACCAUGACUCCAGUGACUGUGUUUGCUCUGCUGGAAGCUGCAUCAUGGCAGCAUCCCUCAGUUGGGACAUUCCCAGGUCUUUCAGUUACUGCAGCAGCAAUGACUAUGAGCAGUACCUGACGUCUCUGAGCCCCAUCUGCCUGCUCAACAAACCAGACUACAACUAUACGGUGGCUCCUGCAGACUUCCUGGAGGGAGGAGAGGAGUGUAACUGCGGUUCUCUGAAGGUGUGUAAUCACAGAAGUGAGUGUCAGUGUGAACCUGGGUGGAAGCCUCCCCACUGUGAUACGGAGGAUGGAAGUGGCCUUUCCACAGAGGCUAUUGCAGGCAUCUCAGCCGUCACUGUACUGCUCGUACUGGGCGCCAUUGCUGGGACUGUAGGAUACAUCUGGAAAAAACGACAAGGCCCUGGCCUGCCAACGCUCUGGAACCAGCACCUCCAACCACAGGUCUGAUACGUGCCACAGUGCCACCUAAUGGAAAACCAAGGGAUUACAAGACUCUCAACUCCAUCCUCUUCCCUCAGUGUUGCUCUGUUGGCAGCCCAGUGCAGAGUAACUUUACAGGCAGGCAUUCACUCAAGACCUUUUUUGUUCCUGAGAGAAUGAGAUGAGCAAACUGAAUAUAUUGGGGUUUAAGCCAUGCACUGAGCACAUUGCAUUACACAAAUUAUUUGCUAAUAACUGCCUGAUUGGAAUGGGACUGCACACAAGUGGGUGCUGACUGAUCACGCUUACAUUUUCCAUAUGUUGUGCUGCAUUAAAUGUAAAUGUUGCAGCAUUACUAAUUGAAACCUCUUGACCAAAGAGUUUGAUAUGGGGGGUGGACAGUACAUUGACAAUGCCAAGCAGCAGGACUUAUGUAGCAACUGUGAUCAACUGUGAAAAAAGUAUGUCAUCAAGCUAAUGCCUAAAACUAAAGAAUUUGUUUAGAAUGUAUUUUUGAAUUUCUAUUGCUGGGAAAAGGGAGAGUGCCCAGAAAGUG